AUGACCAAGAGGAACUGUCCUCCCGGCAGCAAAUGGGACAACGUUGUCACCACUUGCAUCCAAAAUCAAGACCUGAAAGAAACUAGACCUGAACCUGAAACAGAGCCAACCCCAGUUUUCCAUCAAAGAACAACAUCUCCUACUGCCUGGUCAGACCCAAUUUCUUUGAGUCCAGUUCUGUGGAUUGCUGUGGUGUUGACCACUCUAGGGUCCAUCGUGGCUUUGGCUCUCUGGUUUAUUUUAUACAGACGGCAACGCAGACUCAAUACAACCUCAGGCUACAAGUCCAUCUCCAAAGACCUCAAUGUUCCCGUGUCUACCGUGCCCAGUGUCAUUGAAGAAAUGGAGCCUGGACCGGAGCCUCCACAGAAAAUUGAGCCGCCUAAUAAAAGUCACUUGUCCGACCCGCAGAGAGCUUCAUCAGCUUCUUUUUACCAGCAAGGACCCCACGACAUCUCAAAAAGUCAAAAGGCAACAGGCAGAGGGGAAACAGACAGCACCGAGGAGCUUGGAGAGUUGCCAGUUUGCAAUGCGAUGAGAGAACACAGACUUCCACUUCCUGCCACAGAACUGGGUGGCACCGCCUUGGUAACAACCAAAACUGUAUAG